CUAAACAAGUACUUAACCACUAAACAAGUACUUUACCACUGAGCUAUAUAGCCAGUUCUCCGAAAGAAGAAGUCUUGAACAGCGUUCACCACGUUAAGGGUUCUGUGUGCAGCAGAGAGAAUGUCUUUAAGAUGGCCCCAGGGAAGGAUAGACUUGUCUAGCCUGAUUAAUUGGCUAGUUCAGGAGUAAUUGCUUCCAAAGUGAGGACCUGGGGCAUGGUUGCUAAGGCUGCAAGUAUCAACUUUGUCCUUGACUGAAGGAAAAGGCAGGUAGGGAAGGCUGCGACGUCCUGUUUCAGUAGCAAAAAGCUCACAGUCUCCAUUCUAGAUAAGCAGGCUGGACUGCAGCCUGAUCAGAAGUACCAGGUAACAGGCAUCCUCAAAUAUGAUAGCCGGUUUUGCAAAACAUUCUCCUAUAGGGAUUUGUAAUCUCGGACCUGUGAGUUGGGGAAAUUGGUCCAAGGGCAGGCAAAAGAGGAACAAUAGCUACCUGUGAACAGCAUCAUUGACAGUUCUGGAUUGAAUUCAGAAGCAUUCUGAAAAUUCUUAUUUUGGGCAGUAUCUGUAUAUCUUAAUAAAGUAAUGUCAUUAAUGUUUCUCCGCCUCCCCUCCCCAGUCUGCACAAAUCUGAACCUCCGUGCUAUUGGCCAGUUGGAAAGGGUAAUGUAAACAGAUUCAGUUACCAUAAUUAAGUUACGUAUCUGUAUACCGAAUGCUUUGUCAGGCUGCAACUAUUUCAGUAUUCAUUCUAAGCCGAGGGCAUUGGCAAAAUGAAAUUACUGAUGACAAAAUUACCCUCUGUUGUUAAGACACAGCAGACGUAGUAACCUAAUAUUUAACAGUGUUAUUUUUGAAAAAAAAAAAAAAAGAUGAAGCCAGAGAUCGAACUGUCCUUUGCCCUACACCAAAGAAGAUAACUUGAAGGAGAGUGAGCCACUUUACAAAAUGGCUGCAUUUUCUUUCACAACUGACCUAAAAGUCCAGGGGAGGGUUUCUCAAAAUAUUUGUUUGAUGCAGGUACAGGAAGAGGAUUAAUAAGAGGAAAGAAAAAUAAUAUAUAAACAGGAAAAAAACAUGUAAAUAAAAUCUGGACGAAUGAAACUGUAGCUCAGGACGUGGCUUGCCAUUGGACUGGAGUCUGGGCACUUGGAAUCUCAAGUUCCUACUUGGAAGGAAUCUGCUUGCUGUGCUAGUCUAGACUCUGCAGAAGGAAGACUGGUCACCGAAGGGCACUCUUUCUUCACAGGCUGGAAUGCAGACUCAUUUCCCAUUGCAAGUCAACCCACAAGGUACAGACUCUCACUUGAGAAAUGCAGAUAACUAGCAAAGGAAAAUGGAAAGGCAGCCCCCAGUCAAAAGGACACUGCUUAAAACCGCAUCUAAAUGGAGGUGGUGGAAAACUGGGUUGUGAGUGUGUAGAUCCUGAAAACCCAGCUCUUGGGAAGUAGGGGCUGGAGGAUAGUUCCAGGUCAGAACGGAUUGCCUGAGACCCUGUUUUGCUUUGUUUUGUUUUGACUAUAAAGUCAAGGAUAUAGGAGAGCUCUCGAGUGGUCUCUGGGUGCUUAAACCCUUAAGGUUCUAAUUGAGAUGUAGAUCUGAACGUCCUUUGGCGGCCAGGAUUCAAGCUCUUUUCCGUGAAGUCUUCAGGUCUCAUCCAAAUGAGACCGUACAGACCUGUACAUUCUGUAACACCAGGGCAGAGGCCAGAGUACGAGGAGAAGGGGGUUUAAGUCAAAGUCACUCCCCCCUCCAUCCCCCCACCUCUGCCCUGUCAGAUCCCUUAGGACCGGAACUCCUCCUCCUGGGAGCUCGUGUUUUGGAAACUGGUGGGGUGGGGCCAGAAAACAUUACAAUGGAGCUUGGAUGGAGGAGGUGUGCUUUUAUUUCAGAUUGUGUCAUUCGAGUAGAAUCUCCCGAAACAGCCACUAACAGAACUGAGGCUCUUUUAGAUCCCCUGGGUUGUUAACCUAGCACACCGGGGAGAGUAGGUAACAGAGCAGAAGAGAGAGGCAGUGGAGGAAGGCAGGAAACCCUUCACACGCCUAGCCCUAGCCCGGCUCAUCCCAUCCACUUUGGGUUUUGCCGUGCCGAUUGUAACAAGAGAAAAGAGCUAGCAGAAACCCCUGAAGAAAAGGAACGAAAGGGGAGGUGAGAAACUCAAUUGAAAAAGAGGUAGCAAGGAGAGUAAAAGUCAGCAGAUGCAAACCGGGAGGCCAGAGGAGGAGGAAAAGGCUGGGCUUCGGCAACCUGCUGCUAGGAUUUAGACAAAGGAGGUUUGAGAGAGGCGGGAUCAGAUUCUAAUAUCAGCUCCAGGAGAGAGCUCGCUGCUGGGCUCCGGGGAGAGAAAACAGCCGCAAUUCACACUGACUGGAGCAUGUACCACAGCGAGAACUCCCAGGAAAAAGUAAGUCCGAGAAGGGAUUGGCCAAGCUUGACGGACUCUGACGUCGGAGACCCUCUUUGAGGCAUGCCUCCGUCCAUGCGUUACUUCUUCAUAGUGUCUGUGACUACUGUCAUCGUUUUUAUUGUGCUCUAUGUGUUAAGUUUUGGGGGAGAUCAAAGCUACCAGAAGCUGAACAUCUCAGACUCGGUGAUGCUGGCUCAAGUGUGCUCAUCCUUCAUCGACGGGAAAAGCCGGUUCCUGUGGAGAAACAAACUAAUGAUUCACGAGAAGCCUUCUUGCACAGAAUAUGUGACCCAAAGCCACUAUAUCACUGCCCCUUUAUCUCAGGAAGAGGUCGAUUUUCCUCUGGCGUAUGUCAUGGUCAUCCAUCACAAUUUUGAUACCUUUGCAAGGCUCUUCAGGGCAAUCUUCAUGCCUCAAAAUAUCUACUGUGUUCACGUGGAUGAAAAGGCAACAGCUGAAUUCAAAGGUGCCGUGGAACAGUUAGUGAGCUGCUUCCCCAAUGCCUUUCUGGCUUCUAAGAUGGAGCCGGUGGUCUAUGGUGGAAUCUCCCGGCUCCAGGCUGACCUGAACUGCAUCAAAGACCUGUCCUCCUCCGAGGUCCCCUGGAAGUACGCCAUCAACACCUGUGGACAAGACUUCCCCCUGAAAACCAACAAGGAGAUAGUUCAGUACCUGAAAGGGCUUAAGGGGAAGAACCUCACUCCCGGGGUGCUGCCUCCAGCUCACGCCAUUGGAAGGACCAGGUACGUCCACCGAGAACACCUAAGCAAAGAGCUUUCCUACGUGAUCAGAACCACGGCUCUGAAGCCUCCACCGCCCCACAACCUCACCAUUUAUUUUGGCUCUGCCUAUGUCGCCCUGUCGAGAGAGUUUGCUAACUUUGUUCUCCGUGACCCACGGGCGGUUGAUUUGCUCCAUUGGUCCAAAGAUACUUUCAGCCCCGAUGAGCAUUUCUGGGUGACGCUCAAUAGGAUUCCAGGAGUCCCUGGCGCCAUGCCACCAAACGCAUCCUGGACGGGUAACCUCAGAGCUGUGAAGUGGAUGGACAUGGAAGCGAAGCAUGGAGGCUGCCAUGGUCACUAUGUCCAUGGCAUUUGCAUCUAUGGAAAUGGAGACUUGCAGUGGCUGAUUAAUUCGCAAAGCCUGUUUGCUAACAAAUUUGAACUCAACACAUACCCUCUUACCGUGGAAUGCCUGGAACUGAGACUUCGAGAAAGAACACUCAAUCAGAGUGAGAUCGCCAUACAGCCGAGCUGGUAUUUCUGACCAGCAGCAGCUUGGGCCUGAACGGAAAUUGAAGACUUAAAGAAGAGCUUUCUUUUCCAAGAGACUCUGGUCUUGGCUAUGCUGAAGACUUUUUUAAAAAAUGGUUUCAGGGAACCGUGAGGAUCUGGCAACACAGCUCUGCUUGCAGUAUCCACUGAGCACUGUGAUACAUUUGACAGGAUGGCUGCAUGAAACUGUCCUGGCAUUUUUCUGCCCCCCACCCCCAAUCUUUUUUUUCUCUUCCUUUUUUAAAAGAUAGGUAGGGUCUUGCUAGAUAUCUCUAGCAAGCCUGGUUCUUGUCAGGUAGCCCAGGAUGGCCUUGAACUCCAAUCCUCCCACCUUGGCCCUCUAAGGGCUGCUAGUCCAAGUGUGGACAACCACACCUGGCUCUGGCGUCUGGCGGUCACUUGAUGCUCAUCUGUGUCUCUGUCUGCUAUAUAUCAGAUCUCUAUGCCAGAUACUCAUAUUAGUAUACCCUGUUCAAAAGGAGAAUGGUGGAUAAUACUGUCUGAGGAAAUCAGAACUUAUUUGAGAAGGAAGCUCUCGUUCCACAUUCCUAGCAACUAUAUUCUCAGGCAUAUAUAGGCACACAGAGACAGCUUUCUAGUAACUCACAUCAAUUUCAUUUAAUACAAACUGAUCCUGAAGAGCUGAGGAACUAUGUAAGUUCAGUGUCCAAGCGUUUGACUGACAUUUGUGCAGAGUUAGGCUCCAUCUCCAGCAUCACGCACAGGUCUUGUGAACACCAACAUUUUCAGUUCUGUGGACAGAACAAAGCCAUUCACAAGUGACCGACAGCACGUGCUGUAAGACAGGAGGUGGCUGCAGGAAGAGGAUGCCUCAGGGAUGCCGGACAUUUCCGUGUUCUAUUCCAGAGUGUUCUCUUCUCCCAGAGAGCACGGGAACAUCCUCACAGGAAUGAAGGAAUUCUUUCUUUCCCACAGGAAAGGUGCUACUGUGUGGGUCUGGAACCUAUGAAUGAAUCACUUCUGGGGUGAGAGACGGGGACCCGGUUCUGUUGUGUGCAGCUUUAACAGCAUCAGGACAGCUUCCAGCUUGCAAUGAUUGCUGCUGACAGGAGCACCUGGAUCUCAAGAGCUUUUUAGGACAGGUGGACAUCUGUGUCAUUUUUCCUUGGUCCCUCAUCCAUCCAUCCAUCCAUCCAUCCAUCCAUCCAUCCAUCCAUUCAUCCAUUCGUCAGCCUACAUUCAACAAACGCCUCUUGAAUGUCUAUGAUUCCCCCCAGACACAUGCUGACAGACACGAGGGAAGCAAGACAGAUUCUUUCUCCACUGUAAAACUCUGGGGAGUGAGUGGUAUCAGCUUUUGAAACCCUGCUCCAGACUCUUACAAAAUGGCUACACUUUGCACCUUCUCUGGCCUGGCUAUAUAUUAUAUUGGUCCAUAGAGAUCAGCGAUGUAUUAAUUAAUAGAUUAACCAGAGACAGGAAGGAGGAAAUGAAAGCUAGAGCCUCUUGUGUCUCCAUCAACUCCUUCUGUCUCCUUUUAUUGAAGAGUCUGCACACAUAUUCACCCCUCUGGUGGGCCACGUGAGUACCUGCAUCUUGCAGAUGAUGUAGCAAGCCUUAGGAUGGUUCAUGAUCAGUAGGAAGCAAAUUCUAAGACCUCAGGUUGUCUUUCUGAGUCUCUCGUUUCUUUAGGGAUGUGGAGAGAAGAUGAAGUAAAGCCCUGUGUAGUGUCGCCAGAGAAAGUGGAGUUUAAGAAUGGUCUCAGUGUUAUUAAUGAGAAAAGGUUCUGUCAUUCAGAAAAAAACAAAAACAAAAAACAAAAUAAGUGAGGUUGGGACUCAGUAGGUGAGGGUGCUUGCAGCCAAGCCUGAUGACCUGAGUUCAAUUCCUGGGUCCCACGUGACGGAGGGAGAGAGUCCACUACUGAAAGGAACUCUCAAACCUCCUCACACCUGUCCUUGCACCUGGGCACUCCCCCCGCCCCACAUACAUAUGCACAUACAUGCUUUUGUGAUUUUUUUAUUAGUGCUUUUGCAUUUAGAAAUAUUUAUUUACUCUAGCAGGGAAAAAAACCCCACAUGCUUUAAAUGAUGUCACUUUCCACAACAUCAUUCUUGUGCUGUCAUUGGACUGAAUGUUACACAUCUUUAAAGGGAAUCACUUCGUGUAAAACUCUCUUGUCUCUUCUACUGAAAAGUAAAAUGGGGUUGUAUCGGGUAAGAAAGGGUUGAGCGGUAGGAAGCACUUGGUCAAGGCGAAGUCUAAAACUGGUCUCUUUUUUAUUUGUUACUUGGAUGAGAGCACCUGAAGACUAAUGUUUUACACUGGAUUGAGAUCUCAUGGAAAAUGAGACAUUCUUUUUCUGGAGAAGUUUACAUGCCCAUUGUUGGCCACCUCUUUACUGUAAAUACUAUUAAAAAACAGAGCGUAGCAUUUGCAUAGCAGGGAUUGUGCCCGUAUCUACUGUGUCCAUUUUGUUUUUUCGGAUGUUUUCUGGUUUUGUUUCCUUGGAAAUAAAUUAAUAUAUUGUUUUCCACCUUCA